AUGAAGAAAUCUCUCGAGUUCGUCCACGCAGAGGUCGAAGACCUAAAGAAAGACAACGAAAAGCUGAAGAAAAGAGACGUAGAAACACAAAAGAGGCUCCAGAGUUUAGAGGAACAAAACACUAUUUUAAACAAUCGCGUCAUUGACCUUCAGGCAAGGUCAAUGCGCGAUAACCUGGUAUUUUAUAAUAUCGAAGAAAAUGAGGAAGAAAAUACGACAGAGAUCCUCCAGAGUUUUCUAGAAAGUCGUCUGGGUAUAGAAAAUGCAAAAUCUAUAAAGAUUGAUAGAAGAAAACAGCGAGGGACAAAGCCACGGGCUAUACUUGCCAAAUUCAAUUAUUUCCCAGACAGAGAGCGUGUAUUAUCCAACGCAAAGAAAUUGAAAGGCACUAAUCUGGCAAUAUCGGAACAGUUCCCAGAGGAGAUUGUGAAAAUACGCAAGCGGCUUUUCCCAGAAUAUAAGAAAGCGAGAGCAGAAGGCAGAAGAGCUAAGUUGGUAAGGGACAAACUUUACAUUGAUGGGCAGCUAUUCAGGGAAGCAAAUUCAACAUCAUCGUAG